AUUUUCCACCUAGUUUUGGUUAUGAUUGGAUGAACCAACUUGAUUGACAGUUGAGGCAUAAUGGCUUUCUCGUUAGGCGUCGUUGGGAACACAGGGUUUAAGACAACUGAGGCGCAGGGCGUAUUUCCUUUUCGAGUUUCGUUGCAUGAUCGUAGAAGUCUUGCGUUGCACCGGCAGAAGAUAUCAGCUAAUUAAACGAACAUAAAGGGAAGUUAGAAUCUGAGAUAAAGAGAAAAAUGGUAACUACAAGGUUUUUUUGCCUGCUUUUCGCCACUUUUUUCGUCGUUACAGAGAGUUUAGAAAAAGCAAGUUGUCCAAGACCACUUAACAUCGUCUUUCUUCUCAAGACAUCAAAGAACUUCAAUAUACAGACAUUAGUCGCUGCCAAACGUCUUAUUAGGCAAACAGCCGACUCAUUCCAAAUUAUCCCAAGACAAACAGACAUGGCGGUUAUUCUCUCCGGUCCCAGCGCCACUGUGGCGGUCCAAUUUGGACAAAACGACACGAAUCAUUUCAAGCAAGAGGUAGAUAAGCUAGGACUUUCUAAAGACGAACAAUCAAUCGUCUCCUAUGACGGGAUGUUUGACAGAGCGAUCCCUUACGCGGGGAGAGCUGUCGUUGUCAUGACAACUGGAGAAGACAACGAGAUYGAUGACCCAAUUUUUAUUGAAGCUGUAAAAGAUAUGAAGGUGUCAAAUACAAGCCACGUUUUCGUKAUUCAACUGACAGAAGGUCAAGAUAUACGACGACUUUUAGACAUUGCUACUGAUUAUGAUCUAAUAUAUAACGUCAAGGACCUUCUCCGGAACGGAAAACAGCAGGRCAAAUUUCACUUUCAAAUCUGCAGUACUCUAGGAGAUUUACGAUUGAAUGGAACAUCGUUAAACAGGGGAUGUCUAGAAGUCUAUAAGAACAAAACCUGGUCCCCGGUUUGCAGUCCCACAUGGAACAACAGCCUCACAGACAUCAUAUGUCAAAGACUCGGAUUCAGCGUCAAUGUCAGCAUUGGAAACGACAGUGACAACUCUCUGUCAUUUUUGGGCAAAGGAAGCUSUGGAUUAGAAAAUUCGUCCAUCGAAUACGGCUGCGAAACGAUCGGAGGAUCAAAUGCAUACAAGAACUGUAGCCGCCGUCCAUCGUGUCGCCAUAUAGUCUGCAAAGUUCCCGUCCGCAUAUCAGGCUCUCCAUCAAGGCCUCACAUAGGCCUUGCAGAAGUUUUUUUUCUUGGCACUUGGGGUACUAUCUGCAGUGAUACAUUUMAUGAACACAGCGCUAACAUCGUCUGUCAAAAGUUCGGAUACCCGGUGAAGUCAUUGAUGACGUUUGUCGAUGUGUCAAACGACAUCUCGAGUCUUCCGACGAUGUUGAUGUCCAUCGAUUGUCCUGUCGAGAAAGGACAAUUGGAGCAACACUGCAAUUUAAUAAAAUGUGACAGAAAAUGCUCAACUACCUGUAAAACUCGGCCAGCCUCUGUACUUUGUGACACUAGCAAAGGAGAAGCUACAGAGACAAUAACAAUCACAAGAACAACAGGACCAAAAAUAAUUAUACCAUGCGCAAUGUAUACUGUGAUGGAUGUAAAGUGGUACUACGAGAACGGUCAUGAGCGUCGAGAGAUAAUAAUGACUCAUAAUGCCUCCAGAAUAAAGUUUAACAAUAAGGACCAAAAGGAGUCCCGGCUCACCAUACGCAAAAUAUUGCUUAAUGAUGGUGGAGCAUAUUUUUGUGAAUCAGGAUCCAGCAGAAAAAUGACUUUCUUGUUUAUAAAAG